AUGUUGGCCAUCAAGGCCACCAUGGGUGUCAAAGAGUUCUUCAAAAGCCGGUCAGGCUUAAGAGUUGAUAAUCGCAAAACCACUUCUGCUGCGACCUUAACGCUGCGACAAAGUCUGUGGCCUUUGACUUUAGUCACUAUAUUGUUCUUCUUAUGGGGCUUUGCCUACGGUCUUCUGGAUACUCUGAACAAGCACUUCCAGAAUACCCUACACAUCGACCGAGCCCGCUCAUCCGGCCUCCAGGCCGCAUAUUUCGGAGCAUAUCCGCUUGCCUCGCUGGGCUAUGCAAAUUGGAUCCUGCGUCACUAUGGCUACAAGACCGUGUUUAUUUUCGGUCUUGUGCUAUAUGGAAUUGGUGCCCUGUGUAUGUGGCCAGCAGGACUAAACCGCUCUUUUGGUGGCUUCUGUGGUGCUACCUUUGUCAUUGGCUCCGGGUUGGGGUCACUUGAAACUGCUGCUAAUCCCUAUUUAACCGUUUGUGGUCCGCCGCGGUAUUCCGAGAUUCGAAUCAAUUUCGCUCAGGCAUUUAAUGCCAUCGGCACAGUGGUGGGACCUGUGCUUGGUUCGUAUGCCUUCUUCACCGAGACGGCUGAUGAUGUCUCUGCUCUGCAGAGUGUCCAAUGGGUAUAUCUGGCGAUUGGGAUUUUUGUCUUCUGUCUCGCAGCUGUGUUUUACAUCUCCAAUAUCCCCGAGGUGACAGAUGAGGACAUGGCAUUCCAGGUUGCACAGACGCAUGUCAAUGAGCAGGACCAGCCCUUUUGGAAACAAUACAAGCUGUUCCACGCCACGCUGGCUCAAUUUACAUACACUGGGGCUCAGGUCGCUAUCGCGGGUUACUUCAUCAACUACGCCACGGAGACAUGGCCUGGUACAAGCAGUGCCACAGGGGCAAAGUACCUUGCUGGUGCACAGGGUGCCUUUGCAGUAGGACGAUUCCUCGGCUCGGGGAUUAUGAAGUACGUCAAGGCUCGCUGGGUUUUCCUUGUGUACCUGUCGUGCACGGUGGCGUUCCUCGCUGCGUCAGUGACACAGACGAAGCAGACCGGUAUUGCCAUGCUAUUCUUGACAUUGUUCUUUGAAUCAGUCUGUUUUCCCACGAUUAUGGCUCUGGGUAUCCGUGGCCUGGGGCGUCAUUACAAGCGCGGGUCGGGCUUCAUCGUCGGUGGUGUUUGUGGGGGUGCCGUUGUGCCGCCGAUUCUGGGACAUGUUGCUGACAUGCGUGAUAAUACUGGUUUCGCGUUUAUAGUGCCCACUAUGUUCAUGGUCAUUGCUUGGACUUAUGCUAUCGCUGUGAACUUCGUCCCGGCGUAUACGAUUACGGUGGACAAGGUUGGCGAAAGCACUGUUGGAAUCGAGCCUAGCCCUAAGGACGAGGAGGCCAUGACCAGUGCUGAUCCAACUAAGAAGAAUUCGACCGUACACGUGGAGUAA